CGCCGCGCCUCACUGGCGGCGGCGGCGGCGGCGGCCCAGGAGCCUGCGCGAAUCCGGCCCCCGCUGCGGGACCCGGGCUGGCCUGGACGAGCCCCGCCUGGGCCGAGGUGUGCAGAGGAUGGAAACACUCCCCCAGCAAUGUCUCUGGGCCGCCUCCUUCGCCGGGCCUCCUCCAAAGCCUCGGACCUCCUGACCCUCACCCCAGGUGGCAGCGGCGGGCCCUCCUCCGCCCUGGAUGGGGAGAUCAUCUACUCCAAGAACAAUGUCUGUGUGCACCCACCAGAGGGGCUGCAGGGGCUGGGGGAGCACCACCCAGGCUACCUGUGUCUGUACAAGGAGAAGGAUGAGCUGCUGGGGGCCACCCUCAUCCUCGCGUGGGUCCCCAACUCGCGGAUCCAGAGGCAGGAUGAGGAGGCGCUGCGCUACAUCACCCCCGAGAGCUCCCCUGUGCGCAAGGCACCCCGCCCGCGGGCCCGGCGCACCCAGAGCUUGGGCGCCCCUCGCCAGCGCUCCCCCACAGAGCCCAGGCCCGGCCUGAUCCCCAGAGACGAAGACAUCCUGGUGGUGGCCCAGAGCCUCCAGGACACCGUGCACGUCAGCCCUUCACCCGAGGACGGGGAGAAGCUGGUCCGGGGCCUGGGAGUGGGUGGCCCGGGACCCGCCUCGCCGCCGGCCCACAGCGACUCUGGGACCCUGUCUGCCAUCAGCUCGCAGGAUGGCACCGAGGAGGGCCGGGAGCCACGGCCCGAGGCAGGCGAGGAGGAGGGCUCCCUGGAGCUGUCGGCCGAUGGUGGGAGCCGGGACAGCUCCUUCGACUCGGAUUCCGAUGCCUUCUCCUCCCCCUUCUGCCUGUCGCCCGUCAGCGCCGCCCUGGUGGAGAGCAGCUCCGUGUUCCUGGAGAGCGAGAGCUGCUCCCCCUCCAGCGCCGACGCCCACCUGUGCUUUCCGGACAACCACGGCCUCCUGCAGGCCCCGCGCUGGGAUGAGCCGCAGCGGGCCUGUGCCCUGGAGCAGAUCUGCGGCGUGUUCCGCGUGGACCUGGGCCACAUGCGCUCUCUUCGCCUUUUCUUCAGCGACGAGGCCUGCACCAGCGGUCAGCUCGUUGUCGCCAGCCGCGAGAGCCAGUACAAGGUCUUCCACUUUCACCGGGGCGGCCUGGACAAGCUGUCGGACGUGUUUCAGAAGUGGCAGUAUUGUGCCGAGACACACCUCAAAGACCAGCAGGUUGCCGAUGAAAAGACCUGCAUGCAAUUCUCCAUCCGACGGCCCAAACUGCCCUCGUCCGAGAUGCACCCCGAGGAGAGCAUGUACCGAAGGCUGGACGUCUCCUCCUGGCUGCAGCACCUGAACCAGCUGGGCCAGGUGGAGGAGGAGUACAAGCUGCGCAAGGCCAUUUUCUUCGGCGGCAUUGAUGUGUCAAUCCGGGGGGAGGUCUGGCCCUUCCUGCUGCGAUAUUACAGCCACGAGUCCACGUCGGCGGAGCGGGAGGCUCUGCGGGCCCAGAAGCGAAAGGAGUACGCAGAGAUCCAGCGGAAAAGGCUCUCCAUGACCCCUGAAGAGCACAGAGCCUUCUGGCGAAAUGUGCAGUUCACUGUGGACAAAGACGUGGUUCGGACAGAUCGGAGCAACCAGUUUUUCCGAGGCGAAGACAAUCCUAACGUGGAGAGCAUGAGGAGGAUCUUGCUGAACUACGCUGUGUACAACCCGGCCAUCGGCUACUCCCAGGGCAUGUCGGACCUGGUGGCUCCCAUCCUGGCCGAGGUCCUGGACGAAUCAGACACCUUCUGGUGCUUUGUGGGUUUGAUGCAGAACACAAUCUUUGUCAGCUCUCCUCGGGACGAGGACAUGGAGAAGCAGCUGCUGUCCCUGCGGGAACUGCUGCGGCUCACGCACCCGCGCUUCUACGAGCACCUGGUCUCGCUGGGUGAGGAUGGCCUUCAGAUGCUCUUCUGCCACCGCUGGCUCCUGCUGUGCUUCAAGCGGGAGUUCCCGGAGGCCGAGGCGCUACGGAUCUGGGAGGCCUGCUGGGCCCACUACCAGACAGAUUACUUCCACCUUUUCAUCUGUGUGGCCAUCGUGGCCAUCUAUGGGGAUGACGUCAUUGAGCAGCAGCUGGCCACCGAUCAGAUGCUCCUGCACUUUGGGACCCUGGCCAUGCACAUGAACGGGGAGCUGGUUCUCAGGAAGGCCAGGAGUCUGCUGUACCAGUUCCGUCUCUUGCCCCGGAUCCCCUGCAGCCUGCACGACCUGUGUAAGCUGUGCGGGACUGGCAUGUGGGACAGCGGCUACAUGCCCGCUGUGGAGUGCACUGGGCAGCACCCGGGCUCAGAGAGCUGCCCCUUCGGGGGCGCAGUGGAGACGCCUUCACCCAAGUUCCCCAGGGACGGCAAGAAGGGCCCAAAGGCACCUCGGGAAGGCUUUGGUUUCCGCAGAUAGGCUGGGCUUCCUGUGCUAGAUGGGCACGGGGGGGACGGCGCCCGGGCCCUGGGCAGGUGGGGUGGGAGGGACAGGCAUGGAGGGGACAGGACAGUAGAAACGUAAGGAAUGUGCCCUUGGGCGAUGUGAUGGGAACACCGGAUAAUCAUGACAAAAGCAGAGUGUGGAGGAGAUGGAAGUAAGACCUGCCGGCCACCUAGAGAAAAGCCAGCUCCCCGAAACGGAGCAGAAUGCACGGCCGCUGCACAGGUGUGCCCCGGGGUCUCUUGCCUCCCUUCGCUGGACCUCCACACUCCGAGGAAUUCCUCCGGCAUUAUUGUCGACCAGCAGCUUUGCCAGGUGGUGGAGGCCAGGGACAGGAGGAGGUCUGGUGCAUCCUCCAGCACUGGGGGGUGCCGAGCAGAAGGUGGCGGUCCUGUCCAGGCCCAGACAUCUUUGCAAGCCAGACACACCUCCCCACCAGGCCUCAUCCUCUGAGUGAAACAAACACACUUCCCACAGUUUUCCAGCCCCAGCUACAAAGUUGAUGUGAAGAUUUCUGUCCACCAGAAGCCCCAUUGAUUUCAGGAUAGAGAGUGGGGCAUCGGGUAGAGAACCGGGGCUUACGUGCCUGGUUUGUGAAGGGACCUGCCAGCCCACGCACCCAAGCCGCAGAUGUCGGAGAUGUGUUGCAUUCCUCACCCUAGCUGGGGAAUUUCCACAUGAGGGUCUUCAGCAUUUCUUAAGGUCAGCCUCACCAAAUGCAGUAACCAGCGGGGGCUGGAUGCGUGGAGGUGUGUGUGCGUGCAUGCAGAGUCCUGGAGGGAGAAUUUGCAGUGGCUGAGAGACGGGGCAGUCUCUUAACUGGCCCACCGAUACCAAGACACCUGCAAGUGCCAGAAAGAGGCCUGCUUCCUGCAGGGCCUGCAGCCCACGGGGGAUGACAGUCUUCACAAGUCAGCUUCUCAGGUGGUCGGACACAAGAGCAAUCUCAGAACAGUAGCUCGGGGUCCCUGCUUUCUGCCACAGAAAGACCUGUGACAGCCAGGUCUUCCCACACACUCUCCCUGCUCCAAAGGGUUUUACAUCAGUUGCUCCUUCUGGGAUUUAGAGAUGGAUUCACGAGGGCGAGAGCUUGAGGGGGCUCCCAGCCAGCUGGAAAGCACGGAGCCACUGGCAGGGAAAACCAGUCCUCAGACUGCCAGGAGGGAGAAGGGUCCUCCCGGACAUCCUUCUGGGGAGACCGAUCCCUGGCGUGCUGGGGGUGGUCAUGGGAACGUGGCCGACUGAGGCUCAGUCCUGCCCCCAGCUUUUCUCCUGGGCAGAGAGCACUGGGUGGUGGCGCUCUGAAGAGAUGUUUAUCAACAGGAAGGAGGAAGUUACCAGCGUCCUCCCUCCCCAGCUUCCCUUUUCUGCCUGAGCCUGAGUCCUCCACAGGCAAGGUGGGCACUGCCCAGUUCCUGGUCCCUUUGUCCAAGAGCCCUUUGGGGAGACCAUCCGGGAGCCCCAUCUGUGCCCAGGUCUUGGGGCCCUGACCGUUAUCGUCCAGCAGUGGGGCCCAGGCUGGGUGGAGGUCGCCUUGCCCAGGCGCUGUGCUGAGAGAAGAGGACUACCGUGCUGUGUUGGCCCCAGACUGGCUGUGGAAUCGGCUUGAGUUAGCCAGGCCCUGCACCGACCCUCCUCUGCAAACACAUCCCCGUGGACAGGAGCAUCAGCUCUCCGUUGCCACAGUGAUGCCGCACACAGCCCUGAAUGGGGCACCUCGGACAGCACGCACUCUUCUCCCACGCCCGUCGGAGGACUUCUUGGUCUGAGUGACACAGCUUCAGAGCUCUCCUGCCCGGGGCCUGACUUUCCCUGGAGAAGCAGGAGAUGGACAAGGAGGCUCCUCCCACCUCUGCAGGGCAGCAUUUAACUGCGAUACCUUGUGCCUUGGGAGCUGUCCAGGCAUCCUCUCUGGAGGGUCCUGGGUGCAAAGCAUUCAUGCAGAACCUCACGGCUCCCGCAGCUCCCCAAGACCCCAUGCCAAGUGCCACCCCUGCCCUUGCUGCUCCCCCCUCACACCCCUGUGGGCUGGUGAGAUCUGCACCUCCCUGAGCAGCUAGGAUCUCAAGCUGCAGACCUAACUGUGUGUGUUCUGCGAGGAAACGCUGCUCCAGAGGAUGGAGAAGACCCGCCCCUGGCAUGGCUCCCCUAAUCUGGAUGCAAUUACAGGAAGCCAGCCAAAACCCUGCGGCAGCUGCUGCCCCAGGAUUAUUCCCAGCCAGCAAAAGGCAUUCGGGUGAUAAUUCAGUCAUUAGACUUCUAGCCUUCCCACCUCCAGAAUGUGCAAACGCGGGAUAAUCACCUGCACGGCCGUCCUUGGCGAUGCUGCUUAUUUAACCCAUUUUUUAAAAUGACACUUAAUGUUAUUGGCCAGCGUGCGUGUGUGCGCAUACUUACAAGUUUCCCCACCGCUAAUGUCUGUGCUGACGGUACACGAUGUCGUCAGGACCUCUGGGAGGAAAGGGGGCCUUUGAUGCACACGUGCUGGCCUGGAAGGGGCAGCACGGCAGAGGCUCGCCAGCCAGGGAGGGUGCACCCUCCCAGGGAGGAUGGGACAGCAGGAGGACGCUGGGCCUGGGAGGGUGGGGGACGCACGAGCUGGUGGGGUUGGAGCCUGGUUAGGUGCAGAGGGGAACAGGGUGCUGUUCAGGAAGGUUCCAGCUCAAGUCUCAGCCAGGAAGACGUGGAGCUCCCAAGCCAUGGGAAUCGGUGUUCCUGAGCCAGAGAGGGAAGGAUGCACGGGGUGGGGAGGGGCUGUGGUGCAGAAAGGGCAGCCUUGCUGGAUGCCGUCAGCAAAGAGCCGUGUUGUCCCUGUUGGCUACACGUCAGGCAGGGUGGAGGUUUUACAGUCCAGGACCUUGACUGCGUGUCCUUUGGAUUUUCCUGAAGACUGCCCGAAGCCCUGUUGGACAGGAUGAAAAUGAUGGUCCUGAGACGUGGGCUUCCCCCAGGCUCAGGGGCACUUGCUGGCGAGGCCACCCAGCUCCCACCUUUGACCCAUAGGCCACGGGUGGGGGCCUCUGCAGCUCUUCCCUUGGUCUUUGUGGGCCUCACCUGAGCUCUCUUGGCUGCUUCUCGUUUAGUAGGAAUGACUUGGAGGGGUGGCCGCCGGGGUGGCAGGAGUCCGCUCACGGCUGGGCCCCGCCGCUGCAGAAGCCUCGAUCCUCUGACGACCUCCCCUCCCACUGUGGAGUGCCCGAAGGGUGUCCGGGCCGCGGGGCAAAGGGAAGAAGCCUGUUCGGGUUUGCCUGCCCAGCAGAGGCCCCUGGAAGCUGCCCUGCCUGGAGCAGGGAGAAGGAGUUCCCUGGGAAAGCCCACACCCGUGCAGGGGUGUGGCCUGGGCCAAAGGCCGCUGGCAGGACUGGCCGCAGCAGCAAAGGGAGGGGCCCGCAGGUCCGGCCUGGACACGCCCCAUCCCCAGAGACCUAGGGACCCAGACCACAGAUGGGGGGUGUCCAAUUAGCCCCGUGUUUCUAAGCCAGGCUGCAAGGCCCGGGAGUGAAAGCAUUCUGUCCCUGUUCGUUCCUGGCUCAGAACUGUCCUAGAACUGGAUAGCUCAUUUCCUCCAUGCCCGGAGAGGCAAGGGCUCACCCGGGGUCAGGAGCCUGGUUCUUGCCUGGCCUCCGACCCUUUCCAUCGCCUGGGCUUCCCCUCUCUGAGCCUUGGGUUCCUCCUGUGCAGAAUGAGAAUGAUGAUGCCUGCCCACCCUCCUCACAGGACAGCCGAGGGGACUGUGUCCCUGGAAAAUCCGGUGAGGUCGGUUUACCAGGCCCCAGGGACCUCACUUGCUACUCAGGGAAGAGACCACUGACUCUGGCCCCAGCAGCCUUGACCAAGAGGUGGCAUGCUUUCGGCCAGAGAGUUCACCCCAAUUUGGGAGUCAGCAAACCCGCUCCCUUCCACAUGCCCACUUUGCUGCGUCCCCAGCCGAGGGGAAGCCUUUCUGUGCCUCUUCUGUAGAAUUCACCCAUGCACCCCAGUCCUGCCACCGAGAAAAUUCCGCCAUGUACCAUAGCCUCAGCAACCCCAAGGGAUGUGUGCCUCUUUGUGUACGUGGGCGUGCAAGGCUCUUCAACGGGUAUGGCACUCGAGGUCUUACCCCCUCGGCUGUCCAAACCACCCCAGCUGGGACCCUGCUUCCUGGGUCAGCGUGGAGAGGAGGAGAGGGGCAGGGUGCAAACAUCCUGCAGGUGUCUGGCCCUGUACCUGUGUUGAAUUUCUAAGUGGGAAGCUUCAAGUUCAAAGAGAUCCAGCACAUGAGUGUCUCCUCUGGACGGGAGGCCCGGGCUCUGCUGUCUAAGGGAGUGUCCUGGAAUGCCCACUGUCACCAAGAGAUCACUGAUGUCCAUGGCAAGCAAUUCUUUCUCUUGUUUGCUUUAGUUUUGUAAAUAGUCGCCCUCUCUUCAGGCCCUGCCCUAGGCCUGGGACUGGUCCCCAUGACGCCUGUGGCCUCAGUAGUGCUUCUGGCUCUCAUGGAUUCACAGCAAAGGAAAUAAAAUCAUAUUGACAACAAA